AUGGUUGAUGGUAAUCCUAUUGAUACACCUGUCAUUGAUAAUUAUUUUGAUGAUAUUUUAAAUGAUAAAUAUGCCUCCUCUGAAGAUUCUAAUGAUGAUACCCUCAAUGAUAACCAUCAAAAUAUAGAGGCUAAAUUUCUAAGUAAGACUUAUCUUGGAAACAAUGAGUCCAAUAAAGAAGUAAGGAAUGAAUAUGUUGGUGAUGAUGAUAUUCCCAUUGCUCAUAUCAUGCAGAAGCUUAUUGAUGAUGUUUUCGAGCCUCAAGAUAAAGUCACUCAAAUAAAAGCUAGAAAUAUGGUGAGUGUAGAUGAAGAGGCUGAAUUAGAUGGACAACAUGUUGUUAAAGCUAGGAAGAUUAAAACCAAGUCUAUUAAUAAAGGAGUAAAGGAGAAGGAGAAAAAUGUUCCUAUCAAAACCUCCCUAGAGAAAUAUGAAAUUGUGAAGAAGAAAACUUCUCAAAGGUCUCAUGUGAGUAAGAUAAGAAAGGUUGAAGAGAAAUCAAUUGUGAAAAAGUAUCUAAAGAGAAAUCUUGUUCAAUCAAGUGACUAUGAGACAAAAGUUGAAUCAAAUGUCCAGGAUAUUGUGUCCACCAUCAGGAGGAAGGUUGGUGGGAAAAGGAUUCUAGUGAAUGUUAUUGCUGCUCCACUUGAUAAUGUAUCAUUCCAUUCUGAAUCAAGUGUUCAAAAGUGGAAAUUUGUUUAUCAAAGAAGGAUUUCUUAUGAAUGA